AUGGCCUCUUCUUUUGCUUCAGCGUCAUCAACCACUCCUUCAGCUAUUAUUUCCCCCAAUUACACUUACAAAUGCUCUUCAUCAUCUUCCUGUAUGCUCUCUUUCCACCUUUCUCAUAAAACCAAGUUACCAUUGUUCACCAAGGUACCACCACCUAGUCGGAUCGUAUUGCCCAGAGUUAAGGUCGAACCUGAUGAUGUUAGUAUCUUUCAUUGGCCCUCAAUUGAAAAUGCGCUUUCGGAGGCAUUAUAUCACCUCUUGAACAAGCUUUUGAGCUCCAUUUUUGUCUCCAAAAUUACUACGAUCGAUAGUUCCUCAAAUGCUACGGUUGAUAACAAAACCAUUGCAGAGGUAGCAAGGAGUGUAGAUAAUGAUGCCAAGACAAGAUCAAGUGAAGGAGUUUUGGCAACUGAAAAAUCAAUCUCUAAUUUUAUAACUCAUGUUGCUAGCCUUGUCAAGUUGGUUGAUUCAAGAGACAUUGUAGAAUUACAAUUGAAGAAGCUUGACUGUGAAGUAAUAAUAAGGAAACAGGAGGCUAUGCCUCGACCACAAGCUCCUACCGAGGUUGCCAUGUUGAAUUUGCCACCACACACCUUCGCCACCACCGGUAGUGUGACCUAUCCCACAUGCUCUAACCUUCCCGGUGAAUCAAUGAUAGCACUAGAAUAGAUUUAUAACUAUCUAUCAAUGCAGAAGAUAGAUUAAUUGAUUCUUGAAAAUCAAUUCUUGUAAAAAGUGAAACAACAGUAUCAUAGCUUCUCAUCCUCACCAAACAUAAGAA